CGGGGGCAGAGGGGGAAGUGGGCGGGAGCCGCGGGCCAAGUGUCGGGAGCCGCCGGCAGCCGCGGGACGCUGGGCAGGUGGGAACCCGCGUGGUCCGGGCCGCGAUGAGCAAUGGCAUCGGUCAAGGUGGCCGUGAGGGUCCGGCCCAUGAAUCGCAGGGAAAAGGACUUGGAAGCCAAAUUCAUUAUUCAAAUGGAGAAAAGCAAAACAACAAUCACAAACUUAAAGAUACCAGAAGGAGGGACUGGGGACUCAGGAAGAGAACGGACCAAGACCUUCACCUAUGACUUUUCUUUUUAUUCUGCUGAUACACAAAGUCCAGAUUAUGUUUCACAAGAAAUGGUUUUCAAAACCCUUGGCACAGAUGUCGUGAAGUCUGCAUUUGAAGGUUAUAACGCAUGUGUCUUUGCAUACGGGCAGACCGGAUCAGGAAAGUCAUACACUAUGAUGGGAGACUCUGGCGAUUCUGGCUUAAUACCCCGGAUCUGCGAAGGGCUCUUCAGUCGGAUAAAUGAAACCACCAGAUGGGAUGAGGCAUCUUUUCGAACUGAAGUCAGCUACUUAGAAAUUUAUAAUGAACGUGUGAGAGAUCUACUUAGACGGAAGUCAUCCAAAACCUUCAAUUUAAGAGUCCGUGAGCAUCCAAAAGAAGGACCUUAUGUUGAGGAUUUAUCCAAACAUUUAGUACAGAAUUACGGUGAUGUCGAAGAGCUUAUGGAUGCAGGAAACAUCAAUAGGACCACCGCUGCCACAGGGAUGAAUGAUGUCAGCAGCAGGUCUCACGCCAUCUUCACCAUCAACUUCACGCAGGCAAAAUUUGAUUCUGAAAUGCCAUGUGAAACCGUGAGUAAGAUCCACCUAGUCGAUCUUGCCGGAAGUGAGCGGGCAGAUGCCACUGGUGCCACCGGGGUCCGGCUGAAGGAAGGGGGAAACAUCAACAAAUCCCUCGUGACUCUGGGAAAUGUCAUUUCUGCCUUAGCUGAUUUAUCUCAGGAUGCAGCAAACCCUCUUGUAAAGAAGAAGCAAGUUUUUGUGCCUUACAGGGAUUCUGUUUUGACUUGGUUGUUGAAAGAUAGCCUUGGAGGAAACUCUAAAACUAUCAUGAUUGCCACCAUUUCACCUGCUGAUGUCAAUUACGGAGAAACCCUAAGUACUCUUCGCUAUGCAAAUAGAGCCAAAAACAUCAUCAACAAGCCUACAAUUAAUGAGGACACCAACGUCAAGCUUAUCCGUGAGCUGCGAGCUGAAAUAGCCAGGCUGAAAAUGCUGCUUGCUCAAGGGAAUCAGAUUGCCCUCUUGGACUCUCCCACAGCCUUAAGCAUGGAGGAGAAACUUCAGCAGAAUGAAGCCAGAGUUCAAGAAUUGACCAAGGAAUGGACAAAUAAGUGGAAUGAAACCCAAAAUAUUUUGAAAGAACAAACCCUGGCCCUGAGGAAAGAAGGAAUUGGGGUCGUUCUGGAUUCCGAGCUGCCCCAUUUAAUUGGCAUUGAUGACGACCUUCUGAGCACUGGCAUCAUCUUAUAUCAUUUGAAGGAAGGUCAGACAUAUGUUGGUAGAGAAGAUGCUUCAACAGAACAAGAUAUUGUUCUUCACGGCCUCGACUUGGAGAGUGAGCAUUGCAUCUUUGAAAACGUCGGGGGGACGGUGACACUGAUUCCCCUGAGCGGGUCCCAGUGCUCUGUGAACGGUGUUCAGAUCAUGGAGGCCACGCAUCUCAAUCAAGGUGCCGUGAUACUCCUGGGAAGAACCAAUAUGUUCCGCUUUAACCAUCCGAAGGAGGCCGCCAGGCUCAGGGAGAAGAGGAAGAGUGGCCUUCUGUCCUCCCUCAGCUUGUCCAUGACCGACCUGUCCAAGUCCUGCGAGAACCUCUCUGCCGUCAUGCUGUACAACCCAGGUCUUUUCCCUAUAAAAGGACCCAUCUGUCUAAGACUUGAAUUUGAGCGGCAACAGCGUGAAGAACUUGAGAAAUUAGAAAGUAAAAGAAAACUCAUAGAAGAGAUGGAGGAAAAGCAAAAGUCCGACAAGGCUGCACUGGAGCGGAUGCAGCAGGAGGUGGAGACCCAGCGCAAGGAGACUGAGAUCGUGCAGCUACAGAUCCGCAAGCAGGAGGAGAGCCUCAAGCGCCGCAGCUUCCACCUGGAGAGCAAGCUCAAGGACCUGCUGGCCGAAAAGGAGCGGUUCGAGGAGGAGAGGCUGAGGGAGCAGCAGGAGACGGAGCUGCAGAAGAAGAAACAGGAAGAGGAGCGCUUUCUCCGCGUCCGGGAAGAGCUCCAGCGGCUGCAAGAACUCAACAGCCACGAGAAGGCCGAGAAGGUUCAGAUAUUUCAGGAGCUGGAGCAACUCAAAAGGGAAAAAGAGGAGCAGUGUGUCAGGCUGGAGCAGGAGAGGAGGCGGCUGGAGGGGCAGGAGGAGGAGCAGGUCCUGCGCGUGGCGCGCCUGGAGGAGCAGCUCCGGGAGAAGCGGGAGCUGGUCCGGCUGCCGCGGCUCGGGGAGGCGCAGCGCGCGGAGGAGGAGCGGCAGGACCUCGAGGGCAUCCGCGCAUGUCUCCUGCGGGCCAAGGAGGCCUGUGCCGAGGGGGACAGCGACGGCCGGGAGCUCGAACGGGCGCAGCUGCGUUUCUUAGCGUUCAAGCGAAGGCAGCUGGCCGCGCUGACCACCCUGGAGAAGGAGCUGGUUCAGCAGAAGGAGCUCCUGAAAAAGGAAGUGGAGGAAGAACGUGAAAUCCUGGAGCGCUUAAAAUCUGGCAGCAAGGAAGAAUCGAGGUUGUUGUUCAAGAAGGAUGGUGGUGCCGCAGAUGUCCCCCACGCGGCUGGAGAUGCGGAGCAGAUCAAGCCGGCGGAGGGGAGGCUGCAGUGUAAGGAGAGCCAGCUCCAGUAUCUCCUGCAGCAUCAUUUGCCGAGGCUGUUGGAAGAGAAACAGAGAGCCUGCGAGAUCCUCGACCGAGGUCCUCUCGGCCUGGACAACACUCUUUACCAAGUGGAGAAAGAGAUGGAAGAAAAAGAAGAGCAGCUCGCGCAGUACCAGGCCAGCGCCAGCCAGCUGCAGAAGCUCCAGGCCACCUUCGAGUUCACGGCCAACGUGGCCCGUCAGGAGGAGAAGGUGAGGCGGAAGGAAAAGGAGAUCCUGGAAUCCCGGGAGCAGCAGCAGAGGGAGGCGCUGGAGCGGGCGGUGGCCCGGCUGGAGCGGAGGCACUCUGCGCUGCAGCGGCGCUACGCCCGGGGCCUGGGGGCCGAGGAGCGGAGGCCGAAGCCGGCCACCUUGACCGCCGGCGGCAGCGAGCGGUCCGGGCUCCGGGCCGGCCUGGGGGCCGAGCAGGAAGCCCUGGAGAAGGACCGGGAGAGGUUAGAACAUGAAAUCCAGCAGUUGAAGCAGAAGAUCUGUGAGGUCGAUGGUGUUCAAAAAGGGCAUCGUGGGACCUUGGAGGGAGAACCUGCUUCUUCCAGCUUGCCAUCCAGUGCUGAAAAGUCUUACCUGGUCCCCCUGAUGGAUGCCAGGAUCAGUGCUUACAUUGAAGAAGAAGUCCAGAGGCGCCUUCAGGGUCUGCACCGUGUGGUUGGCGAUGGCAGCAGUGCACCUGCCGAGACCAUGAAGGAUAAUGAGAAACUUCACAAUGGCACCGUUCAACGUAAGCUAAAAUAUGAGCGGAUGGUGUCUCGCUCUUUGGGAGCAAAUCCAGACAACCUGAAGGACCCCAUCAAAAUUAGUAUUCCACGCUAUGUCCUCUGCGGCCAAGGGAAGGACGAGCACUUCGAGUUUGAGGUCAAGAUCACUGUCCUGGAUGAGACGUGGACCGUAUUCAGGCGUUACAGUCGUUUCCGAGAAAUGCAUAAAACAUUGAAGUUGAAGUAUGCAGAGCUCGCGACUCUUGAAUUCCCUCCAAAGAAACUAUUUGGAAACAAGGAUGAACGUGUGAUUGCUGAGAGGCGAAGUCAGUUAGAGAGGUACCUCAGGGACUUUUUCAGCGUGAUGCUCCAGUCAGCGACGUCCCCGCUGCACAUCGACAAGGUGGGGCUGACACUGUCCAAACACACCGUCUGCGAGUUCUCGCCGUUCUUCAAGAAGGGCGUCUUCGACUACAGCAGCCACGGGACGGGGUAGGGCCGGUGAUGGGGCCACGCCACGCAGUGCCUUCUCGUCCGAGCGGCCCCCCAGCCGGGGGCCUGGACCCCUCACCGCUUCCUCCUAGUGCCUGAGCGGAGCGUGGGGCUGGGGGGCCGGGCUGGCUGACGGUGACCUUGACGGCGGCUGUCCCUGCCCCUCGCGGGUGCAUGUGGCCUUCUCCCUGUUGUGUGCAGAAUCCGUCCCCAUGGCUCCAUCACCCUGGACCCCCGGGGCCGAGCCAGCCUGGGGCUUCCCGAGGUGGGUGGCUGACCACACCUCCCUAAUGACUUUCAUUUGGUUUCCUAUUUCACCAAAAUACACUCUUAUUUUUUUAUAUUCCUUCCAUGUGGCUGGCUCCCAAGAAAAGCAUUUUAAGUUAUUUCAUUGUAUUUUGCUUUUUCCCCAUUUGAGUCUGAACUUUUUAUAUAAUCCCUAAGCACUGAUGUUUACACAGAAUUUCAUAUUCUGCAAAAGGGAUUUUCGGUCCAGUCAUGACUGGAGUCUUCCAUGCUUGACGCAUUGGAUGUAGGUGACAUCAACUUCUAUAAAUCCAUUCAAAUAGGAUAUUUGUUAAAUCUUGAAUAUUCAAGAAGUUUUUCCCAAAUGGCGGCCGUGCACUCUCAAGCUUUCUCCGCUAAGCACAAAACGAGCGCCUCGCUGAAUGCAUAUUUUUAAACACUUUGUUCACAUUUUUGUUACUGAAUCUACUGGAUCUUUAGCUGAAAGACUAGAAUUUACUGUAGUUUAUUAACGAUCCCUUAAAUCACUCAGGACUUAAUGUAGCAUCACACAUCUAUGUACAGUAAAACUGCUUCGUUUUACUAAAGAGAAAAAUGUGAGAAGAAAAAAUAUAUAUGUGGUAUAUAUUGAAAUGUAUAUAAUUCUGCCUAUAGAUUUAUAUAUGUACACACUCCUGUAUGAUAGUUAUAUCAAAAUAUGUAAUCAUUCACUCCAGAUUUAUUAAAGGUAUUUGUUUUUUCAAGA